AAGAUCUUACAGUGCUGUGAACUAGGGGCUACUCUGCUCUGGACUCACUGACACUAGGUUGCCCCCCACACGCGACCUAUGAGAAUUAAGUGCCAAGGGUUGACAAGCGGAAGGAUUCAUUUAUACGUCAAUCCAUCUUCCAGCCCCCGGACGAAGAGCGCGGCCGUUGAUUACCGCUGUGGUUUCUACACAAGUUAUCAGUCCAUACCGAAUACGACAUAUAACCAACUCUAUGCCCCCGUUAUGCACUUAUAAUGCGAUGGGUUGAUCUUGUUUCCAGCCAAGAUAGCAGACCAACCGCCAAGUGUCAGCUUUCGAACCACUUUGAGUCAAACAGCGAAGGAAUGAAAACGCCAAUAUUUAUUUGAUGGUACGAGUUGUCCGUAACAGCGUUGAAUGACCCACUGGUACAGGCUGUCAUGGCUACAAUUGCCACAAAGCCACAUGAGAUGGAGCACCUACAUGUACGCUCGACCCUUGCGACGGGAGUCUGGGCGAACUACUGCACCAGAAAGGUAGCAGCAGAUUAGGCAAUGAGUGAUAGUGCAAGGGAAUCCCCUUUCUCCACCACCUCCAAUCCCCAGUAUGCGCGAUUGGCCCGAUGCCUCGCCGCUCUCCACUGCCCCUCUCGCUACCGCUGGCGUUCUCUGAGACAUGCCUGGCGACGUUACAGAGUUGCCCUUCUUUACCGGAAGGGGCAUUCCGGUUUGUUUAUCUUUCGUGCAGCAGAUGACGAUGGGGCGCGCUUGGUGGUUCGGUGCCCAGGAACACAAUAUCUCCAGCUUAUUUGAUUCGUUACGUAUGACAGUUUGUACCCCCAUGGCUGGCCUAGGGACCCCUUAGCCAUACCACCUUACCAUCAUCCACCCAUCAUCUCCCUGCGGGGUGUGGGGUGCGGAGUACAGACAAUGCGGAGGUCUCAGCGAUAGCUUCCUUGGCGAGGCCUGCCAUCACCGUAUGGAAAGAAAAUAUUUAUAUAUCCCAGACGUCUGUCAGUUUUUCUAGGACCUCUCAAGCAACCUACCCCGCCUUCACAUUGCCCUCCCAGCAGACGAACUGAGAGACAAUAUGGCGCCCGAAAUCGCGACGUCGAAGCCCAUUCAGGACACAGCUGAUGGGCCAACUUCCGAAGAAUACAAGCGCACAUCCUCUGAGGAGGGUCAUCACGCUGACCAUGUUAACCUGAACGCGAAUCUUGAGGCGAGAAUCCAAAAUCCUCUCGCCGCAAUUCCUAGGGAGACCCUUUUCCGCCAAGUCGAUGCUUUUGCCGAAGAGAAGGGGCUCACUGAGCACACUGAACUCAUCCGCAAGGGCGCUCUUGUGGCACAAGACCCAACAAACUACGAGGACAUCGAGGGCGAGUACGCCCUCAGCCCCUUGGAAGUUGAAGACCUCCGCAAUGAGGUCCUCCACAAAUGGCGCCAGCCCAGAGCCCUCUACUUCACCAUCAUCACAUGUUCGAUCGGUGCUGCCGUGCAGGGUUGGGAUCAAACCGGCUCCAACGGCGCAAACUUGGCCUUCCACAAAGUCUUCGGCAUUGACGAUACCGCGCUCCGCGAUACGUUCAUCGUUGGUGUUGUGAAUGCUGCUCCUUAUAUUGCGUCCGCCUUCGUGGGAUGCUGGCUCUCUGACCCGCUGAACCACUACUUUGGUCGCCGUGGCGCAAUCUUCUUCUCUGCUAUCUUCUGUCUCUUCCCAGUCAUCGGCUCUGCAUUCACGCAAACCUGGCAAGAACUCCUAGCCUGCCGCCUGCUCAUGGGAAUUGGUAUGGGCGCCAAAGCAUCUACUGUCCCCAUCUACGCCGCCGAAAACAGCCCUGCUUCAAUCCGUGGCGCCCUCGUCAUGACAUGGCAGCUGUGGACGGCCUUUGGUAUCUUCGUCGGAUUUGCCGCUAACCUCGCUGUGGCGAAGACGGGUGCCAUCGCAUGGCGCCUGCAACUCGGAUCUGCCUUCAUCCCAGCCGUGCCUUUGCUUAUUCUCAUCUACUAUUGCCCCGAAUCCCCCCGUUGGCUUAUGAAGAAGAACCGCUACCAAAAGGCCUUCGACUCGCUGCUCAAGCUGCGCAAUAACCCCCUCCAAGCCGCUCGCGACCUGUACUACAUCCACAGCCAGCUCGAGAUUGAGCAAAUGAUCAUUGGCGACAGCAACUACGUCACCCGCUUCAUCCAGCUCUUCACGAUCCCACGAGUCCGCCGCGCGACCCUCGCGUCCUUCACCGUCAUGAUUGCACAGCAGAUGUGCGGUAUCAACAUCAUCGCGUUCUACUCGUCUUCAGUGUUUGAGGAGAACGGCGCCGAUGCCUUCCACGCCCUCCUCGCAUCCUUCGGUUUCGGUCUCGUUAACUUCGUCUUCGCCUGGCCCGCUAUCUGGACUAUAGACACCUUUGGUCGCCGCUCUCUCCUCCUCUUCACAUUCCCCAACAUGGCUUGGUGUUUGCUCGCUGCGGGACUGUGUAGUCUCAUCCCCCUUGAGAAUAUCGCCCAUCUUGCUACCGUGGCUAUGUUCAUCUACAUCUUCGCCGCCUUCUACAGCCCCGGCGAGGGACCCGUCCCCUUCGCCUACAGUGCUGAGGUGUUCCCUCUCUCCCACCGCGAAGUCGGUAUGGGCUGGGCCGUUGCUACCUGUUUCUUCUGGGCUGCUGUCCUAGGUAUCACUUGGCCCACCAUGGUCCAGGCCAUGACCACCACUGGCGCAUUCUGCUUUUACGCCGGUCUCAACAUCGUCGCUUUCGUCAUGAUCUUCCUCUGGGUCCCCGAGACGAAGCAACGCACACUCGAGGAACUGGACUACAUCUUCGCCGUCCCAACACGCACACACAUGCACUACCAGAUCACCAAGGCCCUGCCGUGGUUUUUCAACAAGUACAUUAUGCGCCGUGAUGUUGUGCUUGAGCCGUUAUACAAGUUUGAUAAUAACAGCCACAACGACCGUCUUGAGGAGAUGAAGGCCAACGAUGCGGCAAGGAAGGAGAGGAGGGAGAAGGCUGCUGCAGACCAGCUGCAGCCGUCCCCGACAGAGUCUACGGAUAAGGUUAUUGUGGAGACUAAGGAGUAGAUAGGUGGUUGGGACUAGAGAGGAUAUAUAUUGG